CAGGAGUAAACUAGAGACUUCAAUGAUGUUUGUAUCUUCACUAAAUAAAUGUAGCCUAUAUAACAUGUUGGUCAAUGUACAGUUCAUGAUGUCAAGAUCACACUUGGGUUUCUUGUGAAGUCCCCUGUGACUGCUACCGAAUCUGUACGGCUGGAUACUCAACAUCAUCACAUGUGUUUAGCUUUGGAGAUGCUACGUUGACUCUGCGCCUGUGGCUUAACCUCAAUACUCUGUUAUGUGCUCCCCCUCUCUCUGCAGGUAGGUGUGUGUGUGUGUGUGUGUGUGUGAGAGUGAGUGUGUGUGUGUGAGUUUGUGUGUGUCAGGAUGCCGCUGGUGAAGCGUAGCAUCGAGCCCAGGCACCUGUGCAAAACAGUGCUGCCCCGUAGCAUCAAGAACGAGCUGGAGUGUGUGACCAACAUCUCCCUUGCCAACGUCAUCCGCCAGCUCAGCAGCCUCAGUAAGUAUGCUGAGGACCUGUUCGGGGAGCUCUUUAAUGAGGCCCACUCCUUCUCGUUCCGGGUGAACUCCCUACAGGAGCGCGUGGACCGCCUGUCUGUCAGCGUCACACAGCUCGACCCCAAAGAGGAGGAGUUAUCCUUGCAGGACAUCACCAUGCGAAAGGCCUUCCGCAGCUCCACCAUUCAGGACCAGCAGCUCUUUGACAGACAGUCGCUGCCCCUCCCCUUAAAGGAGACUUUCGAAAUCUGCGAGCAGCCGCCACCCCUCAACAUCCUCACACCCUAUAGGGAUGAUGGGAAGGAGGGUCUGAAGUUCUACACUAACCCCUCCUACUUCUUCGACCUGUGGAGAGAGAAGAUGCUGCAGGACACGGAGGACAAGAGAAAAGAGAGGAGAAAGCAGAAGCUGGAGUGGCCGCAAGGGUACGCCCACAACCCCUCCUUGCCCCCUGCCCCGGAGUUGCAAGACCCCCACUCGUAUGAGCAGGUCUAUAAGUACUUAGACCUCCCCACACAGAUUAAGAACAUAGAUCGUCCAGCGGAAGCAGAGAAGAUUCCGCGAGCGCCUCAUGACCGUAAGAAGGAGUGGCAGAAACUCGCUCUGGGAGCGGAACUCGCAGAGGACGAGGCCGAGGCCGAAAACCAACAGAGGGACCCGGCUAAUGACGGACAGCAAAUGAUGUACAUGGAGCACGAAGGUGCAUUCUCAUUGGCUGCUCUGCCGUACUGUCAGAUGAAUGAGCUCCUGAACAGACAAGACAGGACAGGGUACGGCAGACCCCACGAGCCCCCACCCCCUCCACCCGCCAUCAGUUCCAGCUCUGGCUUGUCCGACAGCCUCUCUCAGUCUCCCGCUCGCAACCCCGGCUUUUUCAACUCCAACACCCCACCUCCUCCCCCUCCCCCCUUACCCCCUCCACCGCCCCCUCUCCCCUCCACCAUCCAAUCAGGUGCAGGCAUGCGUGGCACGCCGCCGCCUCCCAUCCCGCCCCUCCCCUCCCAGCAGCCCAUGGCCAUCCCACCCGCUCCAGCCCCUCUCCAAAUCGCCCCAGGGGUGCUGCACCCCGCCCCACCGCCCAUUGCCCCUCCCCUGCACAUGGGCUCCCCGGCCCGCCACCAGCAGGACAAAGCUCCGCCCCCAGGGAUGACAGACGUCUCAGUCCUGCCCCCUCCUCCCCCACCCCCUCCCCUGCCCCUCUCAGGCGCCAGAAGCUCCUCCCCCUCCAUGGCAGUCCUGCCCUCUGUCUCGUCCCCGCCCACUCACUCCGCCCACGAGCCCAAGCGUCACCCCGCCAACCUGCCGCCCAUCAGCGACGCCCGCAGCGUCCUAUUGGAGGCCAUACGUCAAGGUAUCCAGCUGCGGAAGGUGGAAGAGCAGCGAGCCCAGGAGGAGAAGCACGAGCGCGUGGGCAACGACGUGGCCACCAUCCUGUCCCGCCGCAUAGCCGUGGAGUACAGCGACUCCGAGGACGAAUCAGAGUUCGACGAGGUCGACUGGAUGGAGUGAACGAGAGACAGAGCGAGAGAAAGAGAGAGAGAGAGACGCCACUGUCCCACUCUCUUCUUUUUCCGUUCCUCCUCUACUCUGCUCUUUUUUUCAUCACGCCAUCAGCAAGUCCUCUCAUCACCAUGACGACUUCUGCACACACACACACACACUUCUCCCUCUUUACCUCUCUGUCUUUCAGUGUGCCUGUUGAUCCGUCUCCAUGGCUACUGUUAUGUCCAAAUCCCUUCCUCCCUUCCUUCCUUCCUUCCUUCCUUCCAUUCUGUUUUCUAUCUCUCUCUCCUUCCCACCAUUCCUAUGGUAUGCCCUUCAUGGGGAUUCCAAACAUCUUGUUCAUUUCUUUUCCUCCGGUUUUCAGUUCAGUUAAGUUCCAGGCCAAGAAAAAGAAACUGUUUUGUAUUCAUUUUUACUACACAUCUUUGACAGUAUAGAUUAUAAUGUUUCUGUUUCAAUUGUGUGAACUCUUUCAUCUUGUACAGUUUAAAAGAAGAAAAAAAAAAACACGGAAAUAACUCAGUGUCUUGUUUUCGCACAAUGACAUUUGGAAGAGCAUUGGAGAAACCUCCCACCCUGUCUGUCUGUUUAUAGAGUAUUACGUAAAAGCACUACGAAGGUCAGAAUUUCAGUUCCGGCGCUCUGCUGCCACCCUCUAGAUGAUGAAGGAAUUGCAGACUUGUUGUUGUACUGCAGAGAUUUUUUGUUUGAAGAAAAAAAAUGUCCUAAAAGCCACUAAUUUAAAAAGGGGCCUUGGAAUGCCAUUAUGACGCGUUUGAAGAGUAGGUCCGUUUUAGGUUUGCAGUAUGAAGGUCGGGUUGUAUUUGUGCGUUUGUGUAUGUGUUAUUUUUACUUUCAGAAUGGUGUCGUUGUUGUGAUUGGAAAAAACGUGCGGUGUCCCGUUGUUGUAUGUUUGUGAACGAAAAGAAAGUAGAAGAAAAUGCAGUGAAGCAGUCACCAAACGACCCUGGUCAAACUGAGGAUUUUUUGCACCCUUGUUACCUGUGUGCGAGCGCUUGUGUUUGUGUCCGUGUGUGUGUGUGAGAGAGAGAUAAAGCGUGUGUGAGUGUUAGUGUGAGAGAGAGUUAUUUGAGUUUAUUUGGGUAAAUCCACUACGAAGAGCCAACGAGAUUUUGACAGCGAGCAGCUAGCACACACAUGGGGAAGUAUUUAGUUCACGUAAAGAAAAGACAAAAAAAAAAACAUCACACAGUUAAUGGCAGCUUGUCGCCUCGACAAAUUUUAGAGCGAUGCAACACACAAAGCCAUAUCUGGGUGUUUCUAAACAUCAAAAAAGGAAGUUGCCAAGAUGGAUUACCAUGGAGUUGAGACGCCAUGCGAGUCGUAAAACAACCCCUCGCCGUUCAUUUGUUUCUGUAUUUCUCUCUUCUAUGCCUUAUGGUUUGUCUAAACGUAUUCGUUGAGUUGAUGAAUGUAGCGUGCUGUCACUACUUCUUGCUUGCGUUGGUUAAGGAUUUAGCUGUUUCCAUGUUCCUGUGGGGAAGGUAAAAAAAAGACUUUGAUUUUUUGUUCCAUAAAAUGUAAUAGAGCCUUCCGUGUAACUUAUGUAACUGUUUACCGUCACAUUUUGCUUGAAUUAAUAAAAUUCUAAUGCUAUGUUAUAA